AAAAGAAGAAGAGAAAGCAACGACUCAGGGAAGUUCAUGUGUAGAAAAACUGAAAAGAGGAUAUAGUAGGUACAAAACCCUCAUCCCUUCAUUGCGGUACACAAAAUACUGAGGAGGAUUCUGAGGAUGAAGUCAUUGCUUGUCUUGGUGAUGUUUGCAGCAUGCGCUGCAAUACCUCAAGAUCUUUCUGGGAAAAUGUUCACUUUUCCAGCUGAAACAAACACAGCACAUGUAAAGCUGAACACCUUGGUGCAGGAUUUUGGUGCCGUGACCGUCUGCCACAGAUCCUUCACGGACCUUAGAAGAGACCACGCUCUGUUCUCCUUAUCCACACCCAUAAAUCCCAAUGACUUCCUGAUUUUCUGGGACAACACAAACAAAGAGAUAGAGCCACAUGUCAGGGAUAGAAAGGUGGAACUUAAGGGGCAAGACUACAAGCUGAACAUGUGGCACUCUGUGUGCACCACCUGGGAUUCUCAGACUGGAUUGGUGCAGCUGUGGUUUGAUGGCCAGCCUUCCAUCAGGAAAUUCAUCAGUUCUGGAUUAAAGAUUGAAGGACCUUUUAUGAUUAUCCUGGGGCAGGAGCAGGAUGCCCAUGGUGGAGGGUUUGAUAUGAAGCAGUGUUUCAUUGGUAUGAUGUCUGACGUCCACAUGUGGGAUUAUACCCUCUCCCACUGUGAGAUCCAGAACUACGUGGAUGAACUGAACUUCACUCCAGGAAAUGUGCUUAACUGGAGAGCUUUGGAAUAUGAGAUCUCUGGCAGGGUGCUGUUAGAGAAUAAAUAUCUGGACGAAACAUUCAAGAUGGAGCCGUUGAUUCUCCUGGCAAUGCUGACAUUAUGUGCAGCUACUCCUCUAGAUCUUUCAGAUAAAAUGUUCACAUUUCCACAAGAAACCAGCACAGCUAAUGUGAGGCUCAUCCCAUCAAGACAAAAUCUAAGCGCUGUGACUGUCUGUUUCAGGUCUUUUACAGACUUGACAAGAGAUCACUCAUUAUUCUCUUUGGCCACACCUUCUAAGGAUAACGAAUUCUUGAUAUUCAAGAACAGUGGGAGUGAGGGGUUUCAUUUAUAUGCCAGAAGUGUGUUUGCAGUUGUUAUUGGCCAUGAGUAUAAGCAGAACAUGUGGCACUCUAUUUGUGCCACUUGGGAUGCAAGUUCUGGUCUUGUACAACUGUGGGUGGACGGAAUCCCCUCAAGCAGGAAAUUCACCGGCUCUGGGACAAUGGCUGAACAAAUGAUAAUUGUUUUAGGACAGGAUCAAGAUUCAUAUGGUGGUUCUUUUGACGCCAAACAAUCAUUUGUUGGGAUGAUUUCUGACCUCCACAUGUGGGACAAUGUCCUCUCCCCCUGUGAAAUCCAGAAAUACACAGGAGAUUCCAAUUUCCCUGAUGGGAAUGUGCUUAACUGGAAGGCGAUGGAAUUCAAGAUAACAGGAAGAGUGCAGAUCGAAGAGAAACAAUCAAAAUACAGCAGUAUGUGCAAUAAUUAAACAUAUGAAAUAUGUCCUUAUGUUGGAUGCAAGACAAAAAUCUUUUCUUUCUCUGAUGAUUUUGUGUGGGGCUAGGCACUUCAAUACACUUCAGCUUUGGCUUCAUACAUAUUUAAAAGUUUCCAUGUUUUUCUUAAUGUACUGUAACAUGUCAUAGGAAACUUUGCCCCCUGCUGGCAAGUACAUUUCUUAUGUACAUGGAACCAAAAAAUAUAUUGGCAGGCCUUCUUACAACCCAAGACUUCAUGCCUGUGGAUCUGACAACCUUAUGCGCAAAGACAAUAAAAUCUCUAUAGGUGCAACUCAUCUAAUCAUGGAUUACAGAGUUGUCUAGAUGUGUGAAAUGAAUUGCGUUUGGAAUGAUGAAUGCAAGAUGUCUGUCGUGCUCCGUCUAAGUUUUUUCUCAAGACAAUAUUGUAAAAUCAUGUCUUAUACAUCUAUACACACAGAAUGUCUGAGAAGAAUGUCUGAGUAUAGGUACAAAGAACCAAUCUGUUAUGGCAACCGAUUCUGGACUACCCUUUGUGAUGUACCAACACAUUCUAAGUUGUAUUGAAGCUCUAAACCUUUAUCUAACCUUUAACCUAUAUCUCCACAUAAGCAACUACACCCAAGCUUUAGUUGUUCUUAAUGAAGCAUGUAUUGAACUUAUUAAAUCACAUCAUCCAUUAAUAGUGUUUUUGAUUUAUUUAGAAAUAAGUAAAAAAAAGUGAGUCUUUUUUCAUUAAACAUGAAAAGUAAUAAAAAAUUGUUCUGCUUACGCAGGGAGGACUACAUAUGAACA